AUGGAAAUAGCUCCAAUUUACUGUAAGAUAAGUAAAUAUUCGCAAUUCAACGAAUAUCUGAAUCUCAACACGCCGCUCCAGAUUGGCGGAGUGUUAAGGGACAAGUUUGACUACACUUACAGCCGCUGGCAGUACAUGCCAGUCGGGGUCGGUUUCCAGGGGUGCAUUCGCGAGUUUAAGCACAACGGAAUUCUGUACGACCUGUCCCACCCGGGACUGUCUAAGGGUAGUGCGCCCGGUUGUUUGUACACGCAGGAGGUGUGCGAUCUGAAUCCACAGGUCGGCCGGUGUCUCGAACACGGCAAGUGUGUCGGUAGCUAUGUCGAGGCCAAGUGUGAAUGCAAUCCCGGUUGGACGGGCACGUACUGCAGCUUGCCGACCACGCCAACUACGUUCAAGACGCACAGUUACGUGAAGUACGCGCUCAGCUUUGAGCCAGAUAAGUUCACGACGCAGAUUCAGCUGCGGUUCCGCACGCGUGAAACGUACGGUGAGCUGUUCCGCAUCAGCGAUCAGCAUAUGCGCGAGUACGGCAUCAUUGAGCUGAAGGACGCCAAGGUGUACUUCCGGUACAGCUUAAACACGGGCCAGGUGGAGGAGCAGGAGGUAGCGUUGACGGCGGUCAAGGUGGACGAUGGACAGUGGCACGUGGUGAAGGUGCAAAGGUACGGCUCAGCGGCCAUCCUGGAAAUGGACGGGGGUGAGGGUGCCAACUUCAACCAGAGCUUCUCGUUCGACGGACAUCAGUGGCUUUCGGUGGACAAGCAGGAGGGUGUGUAUGCGGGUGGCAAGCCGGAGUUUACCGGCGUGAAGACGUACGAUGUCAAAUCGGACUAUCAGAAGAUUUGCAUCGACGAUAUAAGAUUGGACGGUAAAAGCUUGCCACUUCCGCCAUCCACCAACGGUACCCAGUGGGGUCAGGCCACGAUGGCGAAGAACAUCGACCGCUACUGUUCCUCCAACAAUCCUUGCCAGAACGCGUACUGUCCGGAUCCGUUCGAGUGUGUUGACCUAUGGAACAAGUACGAGUGCGCUUGUGGCGAUGGUAUGACUAUCUCACCGGAAGGCAAGACCUGCAUCGAUCGAAAUGAGUGUCUAGACUACCCAUGUCUGAAUGGGGGCACUUGCAUAAACCAGGAACCGGGCCUAAAGUACAAGUGCAUCUGUCCAGACUCGUACUGGGGCGCGAGUUGUGAGUUUCUGAAAGAACGACAAGCGCUUAAAUUCAGCACCAGUGCCUUGGCCGCCGUUAUAGCCGGCCUAUUACUGAUCAUUAGUAAGUGGAAUCGUGUCUCGAUGUGCUUUAAACAUUAUUUUGUAGAUCAUUUUUAA